AUUCUCCUCUCCCACUUCGACGCGUUCAAGUUCCCCAGCUCCGAGGUGGUGCAGUUCCGCGCCCUGGUCACGCCGUGCAUGCCGACCUGCGAACCGGUGCAAUGCGACCAGGAGGAGGCGACCGGCGAGCUGCGCUCGGUGAUCUCGUACGGCAGACGCCGCCGUCGUCGCUCGACCGGCUCCGGCUCCCAGAACCGCGAGGAUCUGCUCCUGGUGCAGUCCAUCCACAUCAUGGACAAGUUCGGGUUCGAGCACGAGGGCAAAGCGGCGAACGCCAGCUCGGCGACCAGGGACACCGUGUUCGUCGAGAGCGAGGACGUCUCGUUCACGAUGGGAAUGUGCAUCAAUCUGGGCGAGGCGAUCGUGGCCGGCACCGUGUUCCUCGUCGCGCAGAUCGCGAUCAUCGCCGCGUGGACCAUCACCUGGCAGAGACGUCGGCAGAUGCUCAAACACCAAGAAGCCCUGUCGGUCUCGGUUUCCGUUCCCGGAAUGCACUCCGUUCCGGGACGCACCGACAGCCUCUGUAAGUUGUACGACACCGGAUAUUCAGCGCGCCGUUUUUGAAUACCCUUCGUUUCCUAUCCAGCCCCGCCUCCCCCGUCCGCCUAGCCCACUUCCUCCUCCCAGCUCCGCUCAAUGCUCCCAGACACUCCCCGAAUCUCGUCUUCCUUCCACGCUCCGCGAAACGCCGCGAGUCUCCGGACAGCCACGCGGAAGAAUCUUUCAUCGGCGAACAAGCGUUUAACCCCUUCCCCGCUUCACCGGUCUCGACGCUCUCGAACGAGCGAACCGGCGAGCUCGCUCGCUCGGCUCUCGUUUCGAGGACGACGAUCGGAUCUAUGCUUCGCGAACGCUUCAACGCAGUCGAUCGGCCGGGAUCUUCGGAAGAGGGGCUCUGCUCCUCCGCAGAGGAGCCGAACACUGUGCUAACCUUUUCCCCGCUUUACGGAGCGGCCUUGCUAAUCGCCUUGUUAAUCGGGAAACUUCGCGGGGGCGUUCGGUGAGCCCCGGUUCGACGCGCUACGGCGGAUAGAGCAAUUUCAACGACGUCGAACCGCGGAGUAGUACACCCGGAAAUGGAAAUUGCCCGCCUCCUCCGCGAGACUCCGCGCUUUAUCUUCUUUACCUUGUAUAAGAAUCGCCGCGCGCGCGCGUGUAUUAUUCUCCUUCUCUCUGUUCACGGAGACGAACGGGACCCGUUCGAUAGCUGUUCUCAUUACUAAGAUCUUCUAGUUAUUAAAAUCAUGCACUGUAUCAUCCGGGAGCGAGAUAGAAGCCGGAUGGCUUGGAGAAGCCCUGCUGGACCUCUGCGAUCGCGCUAAUUUUCCACCGUUGCUCGCUGCACGCGCGUCGUCGGAGUUCCUUUCCCCACCGCCGGAAAUGUUUAUCGCGAUAAUAGCGGCCAUAAACAUUCGAGCCUGCGAUAAUAUGGUUAUUAAUAGACCGUGGAUUUUACGAACCCCCGGCGGAUCCGAUUAUCCGUGAUUCAACGCGUUGAACCUUCCAAUAUUUCCAGCCCCGCGGACGUACUUUACUCGGAUAUUCAUUUUUCAUCGGUCACGCGUUCGAAACGUGUUCAAUUAAGCGUUUCGAUAUUCAGCAUUCUCGAUGCACGAUAAUCAAACACGCGGUUCUAUCAACCGAAGAUCUGGAAUUCGCGUUGACCUCGCUACAACCCAAGAUUUCCCGCGAAACCCGCUCGAGUUUAACGAAAGAUUCAUUCAGAGCUAAAACAUACGCGCUCCCAGUAUUCCCAAAGAACUCGACGUCCGGAUUUUUUCACGUUCGAAACGAGAGCCUAAACGGCCGCGUAGGAGACGCUAAUUACAUUGUAGUAGCUCGGGGCAAUUAGCAGUCGAUCCAAGGAGGUGGGCGGCAGGUCCGAUCGAACGUCCGGCGUGCUCCGUCAUCCUUCAUUCGUAAUAGCGCAUAAUGUUCCGUCGUUUCUUGCGACGAUCCCCUUCCCAUCUUGUUCUACGCCAAGAGGCCUUUCUCCCCCCUGCUCCGUCCACCAGCCAUCCAGCCACCCCACACUCCCCCUUGUCCGUUCGUACGCGAAACGAGACGGGACAAAGCGAAACACACGGGCCGUAGCGGGACGAGGUGUGGCGUGGCUCCAAAGGCGACGCGACGUGUACUUGCUACGUAGGGAUGGAACACUGGCAACGGACUCUAAUUAGCAUUGGGAAUCGAGCAUGAUUAUGCAGAUGCUCCGAGCGCGGGAUAUCAACAGGAGGGAUAUGCCGGGCCGAUUGCGGGGGCGAGGGUCGGCGGGGGGCGCGGUCGCGG